CAAAUGACAGUGACAGAUUACGGACUGCAAACUAACAUAAAAUACAUAAAAUCUAUGGUAGUUAUUUAUCCAUUUUCACAUUUGGAUUUAGGAAAAAUAAAUCUAUUCAUUUUGAAGAGCUACACGAAUUAAUAUGGCCAAAUACUUUGGCAUUGAUAAAUUUUUUGUGUUUUUAAACACAAUCAAAGAAGCUGGAGGAAUAAGAGCUUCCUUGUAUAAACUUUAUAGGAUGGACAACUUGAGACCGGGAACACUGGUCGGUACAGACAAGUACGGAAAUAAAUAUUACGAAAAUCCUCAUUACUUUUAUGGCAGAAAUCGAUGGAUUGAAUAUGCACCUUACUAUGGUUUGGACUAUGAUGGAAGCCAGGUUCCUGCUGAAUGGUUUGGCUGGUUACAUUACAAAACUGACCUUACCCCAGAUAAGGAUCCAUCUAGACCAAAGUAUAAAUGGAUGGCAGAUCACACAGAAAAUUUAAGUGGAACUCCAGGGCAGUAUAUGCCAUAUUCCACUACUAGACCCAAAAUUGAAGCAUGGACCCCCCCAGGAAAAUAGAAAAAUGUUAUUUUGUGUAGUAUAUUGUGAAUUUUAUGUAUAAAUAAAUUAAAAUAAAUCUAAAAAGUCAAA